AUGCGCACCUCAGUGUGGACGGCUCCGGAUGGCCAGAGCACGAGCGAGGCAAUCAAGACAGUGAUUGCUGAUGGUUUCAAGGCCGCGUUGUGCCAGGGAGGUCUCGGCUACGCGUCCGACGACAUGAAAAUAGGCAUCGAUACGGAUACGUUGGAGAAGUGGUCUGCCAACAUACUCGGACCUCUCACAUCUCUCGAUGUCCGCGGGGGCUUCUUUGCGCAGCUCGCCGUCGAGUCUGCGCUUAAAUCGUUGUCCGAGGAGGGUGACUUCAAUGCUGGAUUUAAGGGCCUUGCCAUGACGCGCAUGAUUAGCGAGAGGAGGUGCAUCACCGAGGUUGCCUACAAAAUCAGGGUCAUGUUGGCCCACGUGAGGAUCAAGCGUAAGCAAUGGAGUAAGUUGCCAAGACCCGCAGACCAGGCCCGAGAACACCCUGCAGGCCUCGUUGCAGUCUAUGAGAAGUUCGCCCAGUCGCCCUCGAAGCAAGCGAGGGCCAAGUGCGAUAAUCCCUUCUUGAGUUUCCAAAGCAACGAGCACGACAACGACGAGAACGACCUCGAGGUGGACGACGAGCCAGUUCCUAUCACUUCGAGCAUCGUGAUGGGAGACCGCGUCUGCUACGCGAAAAUGCUCAUGAGCGACGGGAGGUGCGUCAUCGCCGACAAGUACACGGUAGACGAGAUCGGCUUCAUCGUUGCCCAUUUCCCCAUCACCGACGAGACCUACAGCACGGAGAUCAUGGGGAUUCAUUUGGAACCCCAUGGGCAAUUCAUUUUGCGCCCAGCGAUCCCCGCCACUGCUCCGAAGUUGAAGCGCGGCCUGGGGGUCAGGAAGUCGUACACCUUGAGCCGUGAGGAUGAGAUCUCCAAGAUAUCCGUCAUCUUGAACGUCCAGGCUUUCUACAUUUCUCACGUGGAUCACGUGCCCCCGACCGUCGAGCAGAAAAUCGACAACAAGGGUGGAGUCACGAUGUCCUUCAGGCACGCCCCUGAGGAUACCUGGGAGAUGGCUAAGCUCUUGGCAGGCUGGGCUGUCGAGGGCGGCGCCAGCUAA